GGUGGAGCCAGUGGCAUAGGCGCCUGCACUGCCAAGUUAUUUGUGAAACAUCUUUUUUUAAUGAAUAAGAUGCUUGGAAUAUAUUUGUAAGACUAACGUGGCCCGACCGGCCCAUUGUUAAGAAAUUUAGCCGCCCCAGUCUUGGGCUUAGAACUUUUAUUUUUAAAUGACCAAGUUGGGAGUUGUGACGUACAUUGUUGAGAAUUUUGUCCUAUAAAGACAGAAAACAUUGAGAAGAAAUUGCCCCAGAUCUUUCCUCUUCUUCAUCACACGGCAGAAAUGAAUGCUGCCAUUCCCCUCACCCAGAGGUUAUCAGGUAAGGUGGCACUAAUAACUGGCGGAGCCAGUGGCAUAGGCGCCUCCACUGCCAAGUUAUUUGUGAAACAUGGUGCCAAGGUCAUAGUUACAGAUGUCCAAGACCAACUUGGGCGCUCCGUUUGCAAAGAAAUUGGUCCAGAAGAAACCGUUUUCUAUGACCACUGCGAUGUAACAUGUGACUCCGACGUCCAAAACGCCGUCGACACUGCCAUAUCCAAGUAUGGGAAACUCGACAUCAUGUUCAGCAACGCCGGCAUCUCAGGCGAGGUGGAUUCAGAAAUCUUACUCUCUGAUAACACAAACUUUAAGCGGGUUUUCGAUGUGAAUGCGUAUGGGGCUUUCUUGGCCGCUAAGCAUGCCGCUAGAGUUAUGAUUCCAGCUAAGACAGGAUGUAUUAUAUUUACGUCAAGUGUGGCUUCAGUUGUUUCGGGGGAGAUCUCACAUGCAUACGUGGCAUCGAAGCAUGCUGUGGUGGGACUUGCCAACAACUUAUGUGUGGAGUUGGGACAAUAUGGGCUAAGAGUGAAUUGUGUAUCUCCUUUCGGAGUGCCAACACCCAUGUUACAGAAAGGAGUAGGAAUAAUGGAGAAGAGGAAGGUUGAAGAGUUAGUUUCCUCUGCGGCCAACCUAAAAGGUGCGGCGUUAGAGGCGGAAGACAUCGCAGAGGCAGCCUUGUAUCUGGGGAGCGAUGACUCCAAGUACGUUAGCGGGAUCAACUUGGUGGUGGAUGGCGGUUACAGCAUUACUAAUCCCUCUUUGGGAAUGGUACUCAAGUCUCACUCGUCAUCAACCCAUCCAUCCCAAAACUAAAAUCAAUCCCUUCUUAAUUCUAUUUCCUAAUAAAUUAACCUAGUUUUGUCAACGUUCUCAUGUUCAUAUUUCAUGUUGUAACCAACUCAGAAUUCUGAAAUUCACAUUGCGAACCAGGUUUUAUGGAAAUUUUUUGUAAUAAAGUACCAUUCAUCGGUCCA